GGAAGUUCUGGUACCUCAGCUGGCUCUAUUCUCUACUCCUAAUGUCUCUUCUAAUGUCCAACACAGAGGCCAAGGACAGAUAGGACAGUCUGACAUUUGAAGGUCUUAAAGGUCUUUUCCAAACUACAAAUCCUAUUGUAAAUUAAAUUUCUGCAAGUGGUUGCAGCCCGCAGGUUGGUUGCAAAGCCGAGUUGCCAGACACUUGUAAAACACUACCAGACACAUUGUCGAAUCUCUCACUGCUUCCCAGGGAGAAACAGGGAGCCUAAAACCCACCGGGCAUCUCUCCUGUCGUUCGCUCCUCUUGCACGGAGGAGAGCACAUCCUUGGGAUGACGGCAUCAGCGGCGGGAAGGCCGAGGGUUCGGGGGACACCCCGCGCACCGCCCGGACACCCGUGUCCACCGCCCGCCCGGGGGAAGACAAAGGGGGCGGUGCGGCCUCCCGCCCUCCUUGUGCCGAAACCAUUCACCGUAAAGAAAGUCACCAGGGGGUGGGGAAAUGGCGACAACUCCCGGAAGCCGCCGGCGGCUCUGAGAGACACCGAGGAAAGGCAGUCCGUGUGGUGGCAGCUCCUAGCCCGUGCCCGCCAAGCCCGACGCCGUCGCUAUGAGCUCCCCGCAGCGCCCGCCGCUCGCCCACGUCUUCAAGGGGACCUUCGUGCAUUCCAGCGCCUCCGCCCCGAUGGAGAUCCUCCACGGACACCUUCUGGGGGUGGACGAUAACGGGACAAUUGUGUUUGUGGAACAAACUGAUCAGCUAGAGCAACUGGCUAAGACGUGGGGGUUCAAAACAUCUGACAUAAGACAACUGAGUAAACAUGAAUUCUUCAUGCCAGGAUUCGUUGAUACACAUAUUCAUGCUCCUCAGUAUUCAUUUACCGGUACAAGAAUAGACCUGCCUCUUUUGCAGUGGUUGACUGCCUACACAUUCCCAACUGAAGCCAAAUACCAGGACAGUGGUUUUGCAGAAGAAGUGUACACCAGAGUUGUUAGACGAACUCUAAAGAAUGGCACGACUACAGCUUGCUACUUUGCAACAAUUCACACAGAUAGUUCCCUUCUUCUUGCUGAUAUUAUAGAUAAAUUUGGUCAACGAGCAUUUGUUGGGAAAGUCUGCAUGGAUGUGAAUGACAGUGUGCCACAAUACAAAGAGAUUACUGCUGACUCUGUCCAAGAGACAGAAAGGUUUGUUAGAGAACUACUGGAAAAGAAAAGUCACAUAAGUGAGACUGAGGAAGAAAUCAAACUUGUGGAGAACAUGUUUCCUGCCUACCAGAAUUACACAGAACUGUAUGAUAAAAACAAGCUGCUAAACAGCAAGACCGUGAUGGCACAUGCCUGUCAUCUUUCUGAAGAAGAGCUGAAACUUUUUAGUCUUCGUGGAGCUGCAAUUUCACAUUGCCCCAAUUCUAACUUUUCGAUGCGCAGUGGUGUCUUAAAUGUGCAAAAGGUUCUUGAACACAAUGUGAAGCUUGGUCUUGGCACAGAUGUUGCAGGUGGAUAUUCAGCUUCUAUGCUUGAUGCUAUAAGGAAAACAAUGGUGGCAUCUAAUAGCCUUCAGAUCAAUAAAGUGAAUGAAACCGGACUAACUGUUGAAGAAGCCUUUCAGCUAGCCACUCUAGGAGGAAGCCAAGCUCUAGGACUGGAUGAUGUGAUUGGAAACUUUCAGGUGGGAAAAGAAUUUGAUGCACUGCUAAUCAACACGAAGGCUUCAGAUAGCCCUUUUGACUUGUUCUCUGCUGAUGAUUUUGAGGACACUCUCCAGAAGUUCCUGUAUCUAGGUGAUGAUCGGAAUAUUUCUGAAGUGUAUGUGGCUGGAAAGCAAGUGGUUCCUUUUUCAAGCUCUGUAUAAAUCCAUUUUCUGUUUGCAAAAUACUCUGCUGGUCAUUCUGCAUCUAAUUUGGAAAAGAUUGAUUAAACACAGUGCCUGAUCAUCAGGAAUGACACCUCACUUUUGGAUAAUGUUAAAAUCUCUUGCAUACAUUGAAAAUUUGCAUACAUUGAAAAUUUUGCUAGACCUUUCAAGAAUUACUAUACUGAAAUUUUCACAGUUGUAGAGGGAAUGGCUAUUUAAAUUUCUUUAUAAAAAUAGCAUUUGUGCAUUGAUAGGGUAUUUGAUAAAUACCUUAUUUAAAGAGGGCACCUGCUGCUCUGUUUAAUAAUAGUAUAGGAAGCAUUAUGUGGAACAAUCAGAUGCUCAUUUUCUAUAGGCAUUUAAAAAAAACCCCCGGUGCUUGUAAAUUGAUUUUCCAGGUAAUGAAUAUCAUGGAAGAAUGCAAUUUCCAUAAUAUUAUUAUCAAGUAUGGAAAAAAUCAGUGUCCUUUUGGAGAAUGUAGUUUUCAGUUUUUCGUAUGAGCUUUAAAAAAAAAAUUUAAAACAUUUUUUUAAGACGAGUUAAGUCAGGAGUGUGUGUUUAUAAAUAAAUAAGGGUCUUCACUUAAAAGUGUAGAAUUGUCAUUUGUAGUCAGACAUUCCAUUGAAUUACUUUGAUCUUAGUGAUGGCUGAAUGAAACUUCUGUUAAAUUAGAAGCAGGCACUAAGAUAUCACAAAGGCAAACAAAUUAAGAGGGUUUUCUGGACUAGAGGGAGUGCUUAAUUUAGUUCAGCAUCCUGCAGAAUCUUCCCAAACUCAUUUGCUCCUGACUGUUCAGACAGGAUGAUAUGAAGAUAUCCUUUCUCCUUUCUGUAAGGGAAGCGAAUGUAUUUAAAAAUUUCCAAGAGAAAUGGUCUCGUUCUGGCCAUUACCACUUUUGACUCGAGGUGAAAAUCAUCACGAAGAAAGCAGCUAAUCUUUACUGUGCUUUUUAUGUUUUUCAAUGUGGCAUAAUUACAGCCCUGUACAAUUCCAGGAUUCCAGGUAAAAAAAAUACGCCCUUAUUGUUUUUUUGUUUUUUUUUUUUUUUUUGGUAAAUCUAUGUGACUUCCUACUUCCUUUCCUAAAAUGGCUCUUUUUUUUUUUAAUGUUUUUGCAACACAAAGAAUGUAAGCUUUAAUUUCAGGGUCAUUAGAGACCAAUAUUGUAUUUAGAUACUGUAAACAUGUGUUGAAUAUCGUUUUAAGGCAUACUUCAAACUUAUUUGAUUUCACUAAGCCUUGUUUUGCACUUUUAUCUCACUGCCUGGGGAUAUAGGACUUACCUCUGUUCACAAAACAAGGGAGGUCACUGCACCAAAGUUUCACUUCAUGUCUACUUCAGAGAGAGUGCUUGGCCAAUGCCACUCAUAAUGUUCUGAUUUUAAAAGAAUUUUCAGAGCUUAUGUAUUGUUAUGAUUAUGCCUACAUGAGACAGCAUAGUGUCAAGGGGAAGUGUAACAGUUAAUUUGGGCACUUAAAGCAGUACAGUCUGUUCAAUGUGGUUUUUUUGCCAAAGCUGAGGGGCUGUACCAAACAGCAGGGAAUAACCAGGAGGUGUCUUGCAGACAUCACCUGGAUGCAGCCACUCUCUGAGAGCUGGCAGAGGUAUCUUCCUGGUUGCUGCCACUGCAUGCUGAGGUACAGCCUUCCUACCCACUAUGUUCCAAGACUUCUAAGGCUUUAGGAGUCAAGAUCUAAGGAUUAAGAUUUACACAUUCCAUCAGGGUGUUUUCUCAACCAUUGUGUUUUUCAUGUGUCCCAAUCACCUACACAGUAGCACACUUGUUCAGCAAAUAACAACCUUCAGCUCUUUAACUUGCUUUCCUGAUUCAGGGACAUUUUUUCUCAUGAAUUUUGACAUGAAUUUAAUUGACCAAAUUUCACAUUUCAAAACCAAAGAACUGUGAGACACAUGUUUUAAUCCUCCCAGUUAAUGUUUGAAACUAUUUUUAGGGAAUUACAUGGUUUUCAGCUUUGGCUUUCCUGUGGUGAAGAAAGUUCACACAGCCUUGUGUACAAUGUAUGCUAGUGCCCUACUUCUUUGCCUUCAGAGCUAUGAAUUAAAUCAAUGCUUUUAUUUUA